CCUUAGUUUGAAUUUAUUUAUUUUAUUAAUUUUUGGUCAUGCAUUUUCCCAAUCAAAGUUCGGAUUUUCACUCUCAAAAAGGAAAGGAAAAAAGUAAAUUUUUUUGGGUUUUUGAGAAAUUUGAAAGUUAUAAAUAUGUGUUUGUUUUCAAGGGCUGAGGUUUUGCAUUCAUUUGAUUGUUAAUUACAGCUUAUUAUUUUGUUUUAAGGGUCAGUUAUUGACAUCUCGUUAUCUCCGUAAGCUUUGGUAUUUCCUUUAAUAGUGCUAAAGUUCCAUUUCUAUGUUUGAACAGCUUAGUAUUUGAGUUAUUAUUUGUAUUUUGUAACUGUUGAAUUUGGUGUUUUAGGGACAUUUAAGUUUGAAGAUUCUCUAAUUAAUGGAUUUAUCUUAGAGGAAAGGGGUUUCACUUGGCUAAAUUGGACCUCGGUUUGGCAGUGAUAGGUUUUCAUUUUGAAUUAUUCAAUGGAAUCACUUGUUAUUUCUUCAUUAAAGAGUCAAAAUCAUGGUUCUGGUAUAGAAAAAGCUAUCCCGGCUCCAACAUCCGGGGUAACAAGGCCGUCGUCUCGGCCUCCGUCUCCGAAACCAUCUGGAAAUGAAGGGUCGUCUCCUACAUCACAUGGAUCCACUCUUAAUAAUGGCGUAAGGAUUAUUCAACAUCCGCAUGGUUCUAUAGGCUAUCAAAAUAAUUCAUACAAAACAGCCUAUGACAACUUGCAGCAUGAAGAAUUGCCUAAUAUGGGAAAACUGAGUAAGAGGAAAUCCGAAUCGGUGGGAAAGGAAGAGUUUCUUAUUUCAAGCCAGAUGAAGGCGUUGACAGUGGAAAGUAAAUCUAGUAGCUUCAAACAUCAAGUUGAUGGUCAUACGAGUUUGAAUUCAAGUGGUUCACUGGAACCUGAAAAAAUUGUACCAAGUUCAUGUAGAGGAGGCAUUAUGCAGUUAACCAACCAUACUGGAACUCAACCAGAACUGAACUUUUGCCCAAGUUCUUUGAAUAGUGUGUGCACUGGCACACAGUACACCGAAGCCAAACAAAGUUUUACCGACGCAGAAGUUAGUGAAUGUGCAACUUCUAGCGUUGACAAGUCCGGUGAGAACGGUGAGGUGAGUAAUUCAUGUGAUAUAGUUGAGGGUAGGAAGACGAGCAUUUAUCGAGGGAGCACUGGCAGUGAUAUUAGUGAUGAAAGCAGCUCUAGUUGUCUGAGCAGUGCCAUCUACAAGCCUCACAAAUCAAAUGAUAUAAGAUGGGAAGCAAUUCAAGCUGUUAGAUAUAGGAAGGGGGAUUUGGACUUUAAGCACUUUAGGGUGCUAAGGAGACUUGGGUGUGGGGAUAUAGGCAGCGUUUAUCUAUCGGAAUUGACCGGCACUAAAACUUAUUUUGCCAUGAAAGUUAUGGAUAAAGCUCUUUUGGCAAGUCGUAAGAAGCUUCUCCGGGCUCAGACAGAGAGAGAGAUUCUCCAAUCUCUAGAUCAUCCCUUCCUACCGACUUUGUAUACCCACUUUGAGACAGAGAAGCUUUCUUGCUUGGUCAUGGAGUUCUGCCCCGGAGGAGACUUGCACGCUCUCAGGCAAAGACAACCAGGAAAGUACUUUUCGGAGCAAGGUGCCAGAUUUUACGUGGCAGAAGUUCUCCUUGCUUUGGAGUAUCUUCACAUGCUUGGGAUCAUCUACAGAGACCUUAAGCCGGAAAAUGUUUUGGUGAGAGAAGAUGGACAUAUAAUGCUUUCGGAUUUCGAUCUCUCUCUUAGAUGUGCAGUCUCUCCUACUCUUGUCAAGUCUUCGAACUUGACCUUGGAUUCGAAAAAUUCCGCUUACUGUACUCGGCCUGCAUGCAUCGAGCCAACUUGUGUGAUGCAGCCUGAUUGUAUUCAACCUGCAUGUUUCGGACCGCGCUUUUUUUCCAGCAAGCCGAAGAAAGAAAAGCAAAGCAAAGUAAAGAACGAAACGGACCGCCAAGUGAGACCUCUUCCUGAGCUCAUAGCGGAACCUACCGAUGCUCGAUCAAUGUCCUUUGUGGGCACACACGAGUACCUGGCACCAGAGAUCAUUAAAGGUGAAGGCCAUGGAAGUGCUGUAGAUUGGUGGACAUUCGGGAUCUUUCUGUACGAACUUUUGUUCGGUAAAACCCCAUUCAAGGGGACCGGGAACCGGGCAACUCUAUUUAACGUAGUUGGCCAGCCAUUGCGAUUUCCGGAUUAUCCAAAUGUGAGCUUCGCUGCUCGAGACUUGAUCAGAGGUUUACUCAUAAAGGAACCACAGAACCGGCUUGCGUAUCGACGCGGGGCUACCGAAGUUAAACAGCAUCCGUUCUUUCAGAGUGUGAAUUGGGCACUCAUUCGAUGCGCAAAUCCACCAGAAGUGCCGAAGCAAGCCAUGAUGGACUUCUCCUCCAGAACAGAAACGGCAAAAGCACCCGUCGAUAACAAAGUUCCGGGUUUAGAUGUGAAGCCUUCAGGUAAUUACCUAGAGAUCGACUUCUUUUAAUUCUUGUGACCAUUCUUCUUUCGCAUAAACAGUGCUUGCGCCAUUACCUCCACUGAAUUCUCUGCUGUAAUGGUCUAAACGUUUGCUCGUGAGAACGACCUAUAAGCCAUUAGUUCCGAUAUGUAGCAGAUGUUGUAUCUCCCCUUUGAACUCCAAGCAUAAUGAUAAAUGCAAAUCAAUAGAAAUGAGGGAUUAAGUUGUUGC